UCAGCAGCACAGAAUUUGUGGAAUCCAAUAACAAUGUGGCCCACAAGGAGUGGAAGGCUGACUGAGAUGACAAGCUGGGGUGGGAACAAGUCGAGCCAGAGCUGCAGAGUCAAAGUCGAGCCAGAGAAAUGUGUCGAGGUGCACUGGAGGAGAGUUUGGCCGUGUAUCGUGGCUGUCUUUUUGGAUUACUUUUGAAGGUCAACAUGAGCUAUGGAAGAACAAGUCGGAUGUUUUCCAGAUGGACCGUUUACCAACAUGGGGGUACUUAAUGGCACUGGGCAAGACUGAUGACAAAACACGAGUCGCUGAUAUAACUUGUUGAGAGUUUGCCAUCAAUCACAGAGGCUGCAGCCAUGCUGGGCUCCCAGGAGGCCAGCCUGGAUGAGAAUGCGGUCUUCCUGGCGGUUGACCCGUCCUCCCCAAAGUUUCUAUACUCUGAGGUGGAGCGCCAGUCGCUGGAGAAGCUCCUUAAUGAAGGUCCGAAAGCCUUCUACAGCUCUGCCGGCGCCAAGCUCUUCUGCUCCUUCCUGUCUCCCAAUGAGGUUGGCGAGCUCACCGGCUGGGUUCAGGACUUUCAUUUUAAACCACUCCUUACGGAGGAGAAUGGAGAGAAGAUAGAAGAUAACGUGGACCUCACAUCUUCCUACUUCCCCUCCCACUCGGACGCACCAGCUCCGGGUUUGGACCUAGGCUGGCCAGAGACGCCUUGGGUGCGCAUGGAGAACGUUGCUGUCUACACAAAUCCUCCGGAAGAGGGAGAACCUCACAUUAGAGAGGUCAUCAGACAACAUCUGCAGAGGGCCAGCCAAGUAAUUGCCAUUGUGACAGACAAGCUGACAGACGCUACUAUAAUUGGGGAUUUACACAACGCAGCCUCAAGGGGUGUACCGGUUUACAUCAUCCUCAACCAAAGGACGAUUGAGGAAAAGUACACACUUCAGAGGCUGGGACAUCCGAACAUUCGGGUUCGUCUUCUUGGAGGUAAAAGCUUCUGUUCCAGCAAGGGAAAAAUGGUGGUGGGAGAGUUAAAAGACAAGUUUCUUCUGGUGGACUUGGUCACGGUUCUUCAUGGUAGCUGCAGCCUCACAUGGACUGAUGCUCAUUUACACCGACAGCUCAUCACCGUGGUCUGCGGUUCCGCCGUCGACGCUUUUGACAAAGAGUUCAGGACUCUAUUUGCUGCCUCCGUCUCUGUCGCUAACCCUUGGGAGUUUGCUGUUCCUAGCUUGGAAGUGCCUCAGCAACGAGUGGACUUCUCAGACCCAAGUCCCCCGAGACACUUCCAGUUCAAACACGAGAUCCUCAACCCUCCUUCGCCGCCAAUGGACACCCCCCUGGACUGGGAAGCCAUGGGCUUCUUCCCCAGAGAAAGCUUGCCGGACAGCCCCCUUCAGAAGGAAGAGGGACUUGUGGCAAAGGAAGCCACCUUGCAGACGGACCUGCAGUUGGACAAAAAUAAACCUGUUGCGGACACUUUUAUUAACAAUGGAUACAGGCCAAUGAUGGAAAAAAGGAUGCAUGAAAGCUCUCCAGUGACAAACACUAUGGCCAACAACACAAAGGCUGUCAACUGGACAGACCGCCAGAUAGAACAACCCGUAUCGCAGCAGUUCUCCAAAGAGAAGUUCAACAACAUGGACAACCGAUCAUCGUUAAGGCUUCAAGACAAAGACGGCGACUUGAGGCGAAAUCCGUUAUUUUCCUCUCUGAACUACAAGCGGCGCUCACGGUGGGAGCCCAACUUAAUAGAGGACAACUUGGACGACGCCGACAUCAGCUCCAGCAUCAUGAACACAGCCUCUUCCAGAAAACCCUUAAUCCUGAGUGUGCCCCAGUCUGAGAGUUUCAACUCCAUGAAUGACCUCGUGAGGCGCUUUAAGCCUCAACACAACAAAGCGGAACUCUUCAGAAGAGGAUCCUCGGCCACCAUGUCUGAAAUGACCCAGUCCAUGAUGGAGCUCCGUGCGGACGCAAACAGCACAGACCGAGCUCAGGAUGACAGACGAUUUUCAGUACCGAGGCUUAAGGUCAACUGUUUCGACCCGGACCAGAUGACGCCGGGAUUAAUGUUGAUGAAGAGGCGGAACGAUGUUGUGAAAACCGCCUUAAAAAGAAUCCCACAGACCUUACAGCCCAGAGAAAGACCUCGCAGCUUUGCCCUGGAUUCGAACUGGUUGUCUCUGAGGGAGAGGAAGAACGAGGAGGAGGCAUGAGCAGCAGAGAAACUGUAGAAAAACUCCUACCUCUGUAGUGUUGAACACCCAAACCAGCAAAAACAGGCUGAGACUACAAUAAAAUGGGUGUCUGUUAGUAUGGUGACCUCGGUCUUCAAACUCAUUAACAUUAACAGUAGAGGUGGGCGAUACUACAAACUAUGGUAUCUAUCCCAUACAUACUUGCCAACCCUCCCGAAUUUUCCGGGAGACUCCCGAAAUUCAGCGCCUCUCCCGAAAAGCUCCCGGGACAAAUAUUCUCCCGAAAAUCUCCCGAUUUUCAGCCGGAGCUGGAAGCCACGCCCCCUCCAGCUCCAUGUGGACCUGAGUGAGGACAGCCUUUUUUCAUGACGGGAGGACAACAGGGUGACAAGAACUAAAUCAUCCAGACUAGAGAUAAAUUGUAUUAAUUAAAUAUAUUUAUUAAUUAGAAAAAAAGAAAAAAAAAUUUUACUAUAUUUUGCUAAAAACAUAAAAAUUAAUUGUAUUUUUAUUUGUAUUUUUUCGUGACUCCUUAUUACAUCCAGCCAUAGAAUUAUACAUUAAAAUAAACAUAUUUCAAAUAAUUUAUUUUAAAUUAUCAUAAUAAUUCAUUUAAAAUGACCAUAUUUAAUUAUUAAAAUAAUUGCUUGUUUAUCAACAACUUUAGCAUUUUAUUCAUUACAUUUUGAAACUCUCAGAAGCCAAGUUAUGUUAUACUCCUUAAUAUUUAUUUAUGCAAGUUUGAAGUAUCAAUGAUCUAAACACAGUUUUGUUUGCAUAUUUUCAGGAUGUAGAUAUCUAUCUAUAUAUAUAUAUAUAUAUAUAUAUAUAUAUAUAUAUAUAUAUAUAUAUGUAUGAAAUACUUGACUUGGUGAAUUCUAGCUGUCAAUAUACUCCUCCCCUCUUAACCACGCCCCCAACCACGCCUCACCACGCCCCCACCCCCCACCUCCCGAAAUCGGAGGUCUCAAGGUUGGCAAGUAUGCCCAUACCAACUAAAUAUAGAGGCAGUAUCUCUGAUACCGAUACUUUUUACUUGGACAUUUUUCUAGAUCAGGGCAAAUGUUAAUUUAUUUGUGAACAAUUAAACAAUAUUCAUUACGAAAAUAUGACAAACAUUUUAUUUUCAUGAAAUUGCUUUAAUGGGGCCCCUGUAAUGCAAACCAACAUUUCUUACCUUUCGGUACCUGCUGUUGUGUAUUUGGGAUUUGUAUAAGUCCCAUCCAUCCAUUUUUUACCGCUUGUCUUUUUUGGGGUCGCGGUGGGUGCUGGAGCCUAUCUCAGCUGCAUUCCGGCGGAAGGCGGGGUACACCCUGGACAAGUCGCUACCUCAUCACAGGGCCAACACAGAUAGACAGACAACAUUCACACUCACAUUCACACACUAGGGCCAAUUUAGUGUUGCCAAUCAACCUAUCCCCAGGUGCAUGUCUUUGGAGGUGGGAGGAAGCCGGAGUACCCGGAGGGAACUCACGCAGUCACGGGGAGAACAUGCAAACUCCACACAGAAAGAUCCCGAGCCCGGGAUUGAACUCAGGACGACUCAGGACCUUCGUAUUGUGAGGCACAUGCACUAACCCCUGUUCCACCGUGCUGCCCUUGUAUAAGUCCCGAAAAUGUGAAAUCAAACCAUGGAGGCUGUCACGACUCGAAUUGGACUCUGAACACAGGCGCAGGAUAUCAAAAGCAGUUCUUUAAGGGAAUGGAUCCAAAAACGGGAGAAACAAAAACAGAUCUAACCUGACCACUAAAUUUACAAAACUAUUUAACACAAAACUCUCCAUCUACAGAGGGCAAAAGGUUCUAAGAAAUGAUACUAAAUACAACAAAAGGCUCUCCAACGGAGGCGAUUCUAGGAAGCUAACCUUACUUGAAAACGUUACAAACCAAAAACUCUCUCGAGGAUCCAAAAGGUAACACGAAAACGUGGCUGUGGCAAAGAAACGCUGGCGAUAUGCACAUAGAGAUACGAAACACUGGCACAUGACAGAAAGAGGACGAGACGUUUACGCAUGGGGGAACAGGUGAAAUCAAUCAGGACAAACAACACACGAGGAAGGGCAAGUGAUCUGAAACGAGAGGGAGAGUUAGCUUUUCAAGAUAAAACAGAAAGUAGACAACCUGAAACCAGACAAAACUUCGACCAGGUGUGACCGAGGCAUUGUGGAAAUAUUUAUAAAACAAUCCUGCCUUUCUUCAUACUUCCUCCAAACGAGCCGCUUGGAAUUUGCCCCAACCCAGACUUUUUUCCCCACUGAUGAUGUCAUCAUAUAUCUCCAUAUAUGGUUUAAAUUUACCCAAAUUGUUUUGCGCGAGUCCGGCAUUUUUAAUUUAUAAAGGAGCAUUUGUAGUCCACGGUGAAACCAUCCAUCCAUCCAUCCAUUUUCUACCGCUUGUCUCUUUCAGGGUUGCGGGGGGUGCUGGAGCCUAUCGCAGCUGCAUUUGGGCGGAAGGCGGGGUACACCCUGGACAAGUCGCCACCUCGUCGCAGGGCCAACACAGAUACUGUGAUUAUAUGUAACGUGUUUGUGUGCUAUGGCAAAUGAGUUUUUUUCCCUUGGACUCAGUCUGGACCCCCUCCCGAGGGUCCAGCCUUUGACUGAUAUUUUUUACUCUUCCCCCCCUUUCCCAAUAUCAUCUUUUUCCCACCUUUUUUAAGGAGCACCGUAAGUGGCUGAUCCUUUGGCGGUCCCGUCUUGUCUCCCA